GAGUUUAAUUAGCACAAAAUAUUAUUAUUUCGUGCAGUAUAAAAAUCACAAAAAAUGUUAAAAGAUGAAUGACAAGUUUUGUGCAUAGUAUAAAAAAUUAAUUAUAAAUUUACAUAUUGCUUCAAUUUAGAUGCAUUUAUACUUUAAUUUAUAUUUGCCUAAUUUUAUACCGUAGUAAUUAAAAUACGUACUUUAUAGAGAUUUUUAGUGGUAAAAUAUACCACAGAAUAAUUUAUAAGAAGUGAAUGUAUAAAUAUUAUAUCAAAUAGAUCUGAUAUAGUAUUAUAGCAAAUAAGGCUUGCUUUAUUUAAUUAUAAUAUUUCAAGCAUGUUUAAAUAGGACUAUAGUACAUAUAGUAUUUUGUACAAAUAUGCACGCACAAAAUCUUUUAAGAGAGAAAGUGCAUGAAAUUUUCUCAAAGAAGAUCCAGAAAAAAUAUGCUGCACUGGCUGAACUUGCUCGUAGGCAGAUGUACUCUAAUUUUUACAAAAAUGGCACAUAUAAAAUUAAGUGAAAAUGCGAAAAGAUUAUGUACAGGAUGUUCAACCAAAAAAAAAGCAGAAUGAACUUUUAUAUAGAUAUGGAUAUUUUCUAUCAAUGCUUUUAUGUAUGAUGCUAGCCUCACUUAAGCCACAUUUUGGUAAAACAAAUGGUGUUCUGAAUGGAAAUAUUAUUAUUCGAUAUUUUGCUGUUCCUUUAACAUACUUAGAAGCAGGCCUAUUAUGUGAUCCAAAAACACUUUAUUUAACAUUAAGCAAUGGUACUCUCUUAAUAUUUACAAUGACUUUCAUAUAUAUUUUAAUGCCCUUCCUGAUGAGAGUUGGAGUAUGUUUAUUGACUUAUGCCAAUGUCAAUGUGUGGUUAUUGAAAGGAAUGGAAGUACUUUACUGUAUGCCACCUCCAUUUAAUACAAGUUUUGUUUUGUGUCGAUUGGCACAAGCAGAUUUGUCAACAAGCAUUGUGAUUACUUUAGUAUCUCAUUUUGGAGGAUUAUUUAUAUCUCCUAUAUUAUUAUACUUUGUGUUAGGGGCAUCUACACCUCCCUUAGUUGGUGUGAAUGUAAAGGAAACCAUUUAUAGUACAAUUGUACCAUUAAUUAUUGGUAUUGCAAUUCAAAUUGUGAUCUUAAAGUAUGAUGUUUGUUUCAAAAUUAAAUCACCUUGGUUUUCUCAAGGAUUAUUAUUAGCUACAGCAUAUCAUUGGUUUUGUGAUGCUGUGUUGGUAGAUGCAUCAUCUUUGCAAGCUACUGAUGUGUUAUUAUGCGUAUUACUUGCUUGCGUGGGACAACUAUUUGUUAGCUGCUUGUGUUGGAUAUUGUGCUCUCGGUGGUUACCUCGGAAUAUAUUGCUAGCUGCACUUUUUACAAGUACUCACAAAUCAGUUGGUCUUGGAAGCUGGGUUUUACGUGGUGCUUACCAUGGUUCAGCCCAUGGUCCUGCAGUGAAUUUACCAUUGUCUGUACUACCAGUUGCACAAUUGCUGUUAGGUAGUUUAUUAGCUAGUUGGUUGUCUCCAUAAUGUAAAAUACGUUAUGUGAUUAAUUUGAAUAAUUUUGUUUGUAUACUUUGCAUUCCAUGUGAAAUUGCAUGUAUAUACUAUCUGUUGUUUAUGUAAGUUUCCUUUGAUUAUAUGUAUUUUUUGUGUACUUCCUAGUAUAUAAGCUUUUUAAUAAGAACAUUCUUUCCUUUCUUCUCUUAUGUUUGUUAAUGUACUUACAUAAUAGCGAAACAUUGAGAAUACAUACUAUAUUACAUUUUAUAGUAGUAAAAUAUUGUAAGGUAUUUCUGUACGUAUUACUAGAAUAUUUAAAAAUGUAAUUAAUCCGUUUAUUUAAUGAUCACGUUCAUUAUAGAAAAGGAUGCCUUAAUAAGUAGUAUUUAAACAUGGAGUUAAGAAAUAAAAAAGGCUUAAGUAGAUUAAGAUCUUAAAUUUUAAUAUAUAAAAAUCGUAUGAAAAUUAUUUACAUAAUGUAAUUUGAAAAAGUGUUUGAAAAAAACGUUUAACAAAAUAUUGGGUAGGAUUUUACUCAAAAUUGUUUUCAAAAUGUAUCAAAUAAGUUUAUUUAUAUGUAUAACGAAAUGCCAAAUGCUUUGAAACAUAGUCUGUGAUUUUUUUUCUUUAAAUUUCACGCAGGGUGUAUAUGAACUUUAUUUAUUGCGAAAUUUAAUACUUACCUUGGAAACUAAUUUUAAAAAUUUGUAUAUAACAAUUAUAUAUUAUUUUUUCAGUAUAUAUUGAAACAACUAGUGUAAAAUUAUGCAUGAAUAAGUUUUUUUUCAGUUCUAAUCAACUUAGCUUCAUUGACAUUUGAUAAAAGGAAAUCAUGACAAUUAUACAUUACACUGUACAUCAUUACAGGAACAAUUUUAAAUAGUACAUUAAGUGAAAGUAAAAAAGAAAAACCAAUUACACUACUUAAAAGCGUUGUACGCUAAAUCUUAUGUAGUAAUUAUAUAAUAAAUUGUAUUCGUAUCUUA